GUGCUAUCCUGCCUCUGCCAGCCUGCGCUCCAGCCAGGGACCCCAACUUGGGUCCCCUGAUAGCUACUGGGAGAAAGUUCCCGGAGCCACUUCCGGGAGGGAGGCGCCACCUGUCUGGGGCGCGCCCUGUCGCUGGAAUUCUGCAGGUCAGUGUCUCUGACCACUUGGCAGGGACCAGCCAGGAUCCUUAGGCCGGAGACCGCGUCUUUUAAACUGCGGAGCAGACGGAUGGAGAGCCGGCUGAGGACUUAAGGAAAGAAAAUCUGGAUCUGAAACGCUGAGUCUACAGAGAAUUUCACAGUAAUGAAUCAGUGCAUUUAUAGAGGAAUGGAAGAAAACAAGGAAAGACCCAAGCGGCCAAGACAGAACAACUUCUCCAUGUUUCCCUCUCCCAAAGCCUGGAAUUUCAGAGGGCGGAAACGGAAGCAGAGUGCCCAGGAUGAAGAUGCCGUCAGCCUGUGCAGUCUUGACAUAAGUGAACCUAGUAAUAAAAGGGUCAAACCCCUUUCCAGAGUCACGUCGCUCGCAAACCUCAUCCCACCUGUGAAGACCACGCCGUUAAAACGCUUCAGCCAAACCUUGCAGCGGUCCAUCAGUUUCCGCAGCGAGAGCCGCCCAGACAUCCUCGCCCCUCGAGCCUUGUCCAGAAAUGCCACCUCCUCGAGCACAAAGCGGAGGGACAGCAAACUGUGGAGUGAGACCUUUGAUGUGUGUGUCAAUCAGGUGCUUACGGCCAAGGAGAUCAAACGACAGGAGGCAAUCUUUGAGCUUUCUCAAGGUGAAGAAGACUUGAUAGAAGACUUGAAAUUAGCAAAGAAGGCCUACCAUGAUCCCAUGCUGAAGCUCUCAAUAAUGACAGAACAAGAACUGAAUCAAAUUUUUGGAACCCUGGACUCUCUCAUUCCUCUACAUGAAGAGCUCCUUAGUCAGCUUCGAGAUGUUCGGAAACCCGAUGGCUCCACCGAGCAUGUUGGUCCCAUCCUCGUGGGCUGGCUGCCUUGUCUCAGCUCCUAUGACAGCUACUGCAGCAAUCAAGUUGCUGCCAAAGCCCUGCUGGACCACAAAAAGCAAGACCACAGAGUGCAGGAUUUCCUCCAGCGCUGCUUAGAGUCCCCCUUCAGCCGCAAACUCGAUCUCUGGAACUUCCUCGAUAUUCCCAGGAGCCGGCUAGUAAAAUACCCUCUGCUCCUUCGAGAAAUCUUGAGGCACACACCAAAUGACAAUCCAGAUCAGCAGCACUUGGAAGAAGCUAUAAACAUCAUUCAGGGAAUUGUGGCAGAAAUCAACACUAAGACUGGGGAGUCGGAAUGCCGUUAUUACAAAGAGCGGCUUCUUUACUUGGAAGAAGGCCAGAAGGAUUCCCUGAUUGACAGCUCAAGAGUCCUGUGUUGUCAUGGAGAACUAAAAAAUAACCGGGGUGUGAAACUACAUGUUUUCCUGUUCCAAGAAGUGCUUGUGAUCACACGCGCUGUCACUCACAAUGAGCAACUCUGCUACCAGCUGUACCGGCAGCCCAUCCCUGUGAGGGACCUCAUGCUGGAAGACCUGCAGGAUGGAGAAGUGCGGCUGGGCGGCUCCCUGCGCGGGGCCUUCAGCAACAACGAGAGAAUUAGAAACUUCUUCAGAGUCAGUUUCAAAAAUGGAUCCCAAAGUCAGACCCACUCACUACAAGCCAAUGACACCUUCAACAAACAGCAGUGGCUCAACUGUAUCCGUCAAGCCAAGGAAACAGUUCUGUCUGCUGCUGGGCACGCUGGACUGCUUGACUCUGAGGGACUGUUCCUGGGUCCUGACACUGAGAACAAGGAGCCACAGGGAGAAACAAAACUUGAGCAGAUGGACCAAUCGGACAGUGACUCGGACUGCAGUAUGGACACCAGUGAGGUCAGCGUCGACUGUGAACGGAUGGAACAGACAGACUCCUCCUGUACAAACAACAGGCCAGAGGAAAGCGUCUGACUGAAGCCGCUGACCAUGCCAGCAGCAGGCCCAUGUCUUACCUGUACAGUAUUCGCAUUCCACACACCAACAGUCUGGAGAGGCACUUUGUGAUACUUCUGUGCCCAUGUUGGCCUAGUCCCUCAUGUCUCUUCCUUGUCCCUA